AUGCACACUAGGAUACAGCUUUUCACCGCCCUCUCACCAUACCCAUUGGAAAGGGUACGACAAGGCGAUACUAUAUCGCCGAAGCUGUUCACGGCUGCAUUGCAGUGGAUAAUGAAAUCACUAUCCUGGGAAGAAAGGGCACACGUGUUGAUGGAAGAUUUCUUCGAACCUUCGUUUCGCGGACGACAUCGUUCUCUUUUCGACAGUACCAAUGAAGCAGAAACGAUGCUCAACGAAUUGAACGAAGCAGGGAAGAGAAUAGGACUACGAAUAAACAGAAAGAAGACACAGUUCAUGAAGAACGCGCACUGCGAGGACGGAGGAGUACAACUUGAAGGCUCCCAAAUCGUGGAAACUCCGUCAUACGUAUACCUCGGACGUUCUAUGAACAUGAAAACGACUUGA